AAAAACCAUGCGAGCCCCAUGUUGUCCAGCGAACCAGGUGUGCUGACCGGACGGUAUGGCCCACCGUUCAGCGAGACAAGAAAGGAACAAAAAGAGCAGCGAAACCUCGCUCCGCACGCUCUCUCCCGCCGCUACUUAUCCCGCGCGGGUCACGGCGUGGUCGCGCUCUGGCCUGGCCCCCCAUUCGAUCUCUCCCUGCUCCUCCACUCCUCCUCCUCGUACAGCGCCGAAGAACGGAGGCGGCGCCGCCGCCGCGCCGGCGAGAGGAGAGCGAGGGAGGACAUGGGCCGGCGGAAGUUCAGGCUCUCCGACAUGAUGCCCAACGCGUGGUUCUACAAGCUCCGCGACAUGCGCGCGCGGGGCGGCCGCGGUGCAACUGCGAUGCAGCCGCCGUCGUCGUCGUCGUUGAUGAGGGGGAGCAGGGCGGCGCAGCAGCAGGCGGGCACGUGGAGGCUGGGGACGUCGUCGUCGUCGUCGUCGUUGCUGCCGCACAGGGCGUCGUACUACUACACCACCCGGGACAGGGAGGUCCCGCCGCUGCCGCCGCCGCCACCGCCGAGGGGCGUGGAUGAUCAAUUCCCUUCCCUCACGCUGUCGCCGCCGUUGCCGACGAGGAACAGCAGGAGGCGGCACAGGGUUGGGAGAUUUGGUUCGACGGAGAUGGAUGGCGGCGAGCUCGUACUAGCGCCGUCCGACGACCACGACGGCUGCAGCCACCAGGAGCCGCCAGUGGCCGAUGCGUCCGGGAGCUCCCGGUGCCGUCGCGACAUGUUCAUCGGGAGAGAUGGCGGCCGGGGCGUGGAGUUCCGGCGCCGGGCGACGACGGUGGAUGGUCCUGAGGAGGACGCCGCCGUCGAUGUCAAGGUGAUCACGUCGGACGCGGACAUAAUCAUCGACCUCGGCGCUGACGACGACGACGACACGCCGGAGAGGGUGCUCCGGCCUGUCGUGACCAGGCCCGCGAGGAGGGAGCUCGACUGGUGCGAGCCGGCGGAGGUGAAGCACGUCGACCUCGCCGAGCUGAUGACACCGAGAGCGAGCUCUGCCUCUGCCUCCUCGGAGAAGAGCAUCAGCACGGGCAAGCCGAGGCGUUCGUCCGUGUCGUCUCGACGCCGCCUCAAGACGCGCACCAACAGCCCGCGCCUCGCCGCGUGCAGGAAAGGCAAGCCGACGGCGCGGGCAACGACGACGACGCCGACGCAGCCGCCGCUCGCGCACAGCUUCGCGGUGGUGAAGACGUCGUCGGACCCGAGGAGGGACUUCCUCGAGUCCAUGGAGGAGAUGAUCGCCGAGAACGGCAUCCGCGACGCCGGCGACCUGGAGGACCUCCUCGCCUGCUACCUCUCCCUCAACUCCGGCGAGUACCAUGACCUCAUCGUCGAGGUGUUCGAGCAGGUCUGGACCGGCCUCGCCGCUGCCUGUGGCGUCAUGCCAUGAGAAAACGCCAAGAGUUCAUCGCUCACCAAAGCCUCCAUGCUCAUUGAUUGCUGCUUGGUGAAUCGCUGAAUCUUGCCAUGAAUUAUUAUAGUAGAGUAGUUUAGUUCUUUGAUUUCUAGUAGAUGAUGGUUAAUUAGCAGCAAGAAAUUAGCCAUAAAGCAAUAGAAAUAAAAUCGAUCGAAAAGUUUGGUUCUUUUCUUGCUAGGUGAUUUGCCUGAUUCUCCUCGCCUGUCAGUUUGCUUUCCUCAGUGUCACACUGACUGUAGUUAUGAGCUGCACUGCACUGCAUCACCGCUAGUUGAUUAAUACAGCUAAUGAUGAAUCACCAGUACAUUUUCAGCUA